GAAAACAGUUCACCGUCUUGCAUGAGCCUAUCACAAUGGCCACCGCAGCGCCCAGCAUCCUGGAGAGCAUUUUCCUAAAGAGAUCCCAACAGAAGCGCAAAACGUCGCCCCUGAACUACAAGAAGAGGUUGUUCGUACUCACCGAGCAAAAGAUCACCUAUUAUGAAUAUGACUUCGAGAGGGGGCGCCGUGGAAGUAAAAAGGGGUUUGUUGAUUUAGAGAAGGUGAUCUGUGUGGAAUGCGUAGAGCCGGAGGAAAACCCGCCGCCGGAACGGCAAAUACUGCACAGAGAAGAAUUUGCAGACACCGAACAGAUUUCUAUCAUAGAACGAUUCCCUUACCCAUUCCAGAUAGUGUACGAUGAUGGACCUCUCUAUGUCUUCGCCCCGACGGAGGAUCUGAGGAGACGUUGGAUUAACCAGCUGAAGCUCAGUAAGGGCCGCUCUGAACUCUAUACACUUCCAUUUUGGCCACACCCACACAAGCUCAGACCUAGAGUUAAACCUAUGAAAUUCGGUGUUGAUGCCAAGGAUGAGAUGGAGGCAAAAUCUGCGAAACCGCUACCGCCCACUCCGUCGACCAGCGCUCCGACAGUCUGCAAAGUGGUCGCGUUGUAUGACUUCACGCCAAUCAGUGGUCAGGACCUGCCCCUGUGCAAGGGUGAAGAGUACGUGCUGCUGGACGAAGGCAGUGGCCAACCCUGGCUGAGGGCAAGAAACAAAAACGGGCAAGAGGGAUACAUACCUGGCAACUAUGUGACGGAAGCUAAGGACCCCCUGGAAAUAUACGAAUGGUACUCCAAAAAUAUGACAAGGAGCUCGGCAGAGGACCUACUCAGAAGAGAGGACAAAGAAGGAGGCUUCAUCGUGAGAGAUUCAAGCAAAGCGGGGAAGUACACGGUGUCUGUGUACGCCAAGUCAUCGGGGGAAGGAUUUAUCCGCCAUUACGUGGUAUGUGAGACAUCUGUGAACCAAUAUUACUUGGCUGAGAAACACGUUUUCUCCACGAUCCCGGAACUGAUCACCUAUCACCAGUACAAUGCCGCUGGUUUAAUAUCAAGACUGAAAUAUCCCGUGUGUUCUGGGAGAAGCGCCCCUUCUACUGCCGGCCUAGGCUAUGGCUCAUGGGAAAUCGAUCCCAAGGAUCUGACUUUCCUGAAGGAGUUGGGUACUGGACAGUUUGGGGUGGUGAAAUAUGGCAAAUGGAGAGGACAGCUUGAAGUGGCUAUCAAGAUGGUCAAAGAGGGUUCCAUGCCGGAGGAUGAGUUCAUCAAUGAAGCACAGUGCAUGAUGAAGUUGUCUCAUGAAAAUUUGGUUCAGCUGUAUGGAGUCUGCACCAAGCAGCGCCCCAUCUUCAUCAUCACAGAGUAUCUCUCAAAUGGCUGCCUCCUCACCUACCUGAAGGAAUUCCGUGCACGUCUCAGUCAAGGAGACCUGCUGUCUAUGUGCAGUGAUGUAUGUAGCGCCAUGAGUUACCUGGAAUCCAAGCAAGUUCUACACCGGGAUUUGGCUGCCCGAAACUGUCUGGUUGCUGAGGACGGUGCUGUAAAAGUAUCGGAUUUUGGCCUCUCGAGGUACGUUCUAGACGAUGAAUAUACAAGUUCACUGGGUUCCAAGUUCCCCAUACGCUGGUCUGCAGCUGAGGUUCUUCUGUACAGCAAGUUCAGCAGUAAAUCUGACGUCUGGUCAUUCGGUGUUUUAAUGUGGGAGGUGUUCACGUUUGGAAAGAUGCCAUACGAAAGAUUCAACAAUAGUGAAAUCGUGGAGCAGAUCAUGAAGGGGGUGCGGCUCUACAGACCUCAACUGGCCACGGAAAGAGUGUACAAUGUGAUGCUCACCUGCUGGGCAGAGAAAGCAGAAGACAGACCGGCCUUCCCCAUCAUACAAGCAGCAAUUUUAGAGAUCAUGGAAGAUCUGUGACGGCGAAUAACCUAUUAUGGACACACAGACAAUUUCAAUGAGAAGGAAAAAAAAAACCCCGGAU